AUGGAGAAACUUAAAGCAGAGAUCUGUCAGAAGCUCAAGCUGGUGGAGGACCAGAAUCUGCUUGGGGAAAGGAAAAAAUACUUUAAACGUAGUGAACUUGCCAAAAAAGAAGAGGCCUACUUUGAAAGAUCUGGCUACAAGAUACAGCCAAAAGAGAAGGAUCAGAAACCAUUACCUUCACCCAAUCCAGUAUUAGAAGUGGAACCAGCAGAGGGAAAAUUGCCUGUGACUCUUUCAAGGCCACAGGUCCUCAGGCAGUUCAGAGAAAGAGGAGAACCAGUGAGAUUGUUUGGAGAAACUGACUAUGACGCAUUUCUACGUUUAAGAAAGAUAGAGAUUCUCACACCAGAGGUUAACAAGGGUUUAAGGAACGACCUGAAGGCAGCUUUGGAUAAGAUCGAUCAACAGGACCUUGAUGAAAUGGCUAGUGGUCAAGAACCAGGAGAAAAUGACACACGGAAUGAUCUGAAAGUCCAUGAAGAAAAUAUCACUUUUGAAGAAUUAGAGGCUUUGGGAAAAUCCUUAGGAAAGGGGGAUGAUCAAGAAGACAUGGACAUCAUAACCAAAGUCCUUAAGUUUCUCAUUGGAGUUUGGGCUAAGGAACUCAAUGCUAGAGAAGACCAUGUAAAACAAAGCGUUCAGGGCAAACUGAACAGUGCCACCCACAAACAGACAGAAGCCUAUCUGAGGCCACUCUUCAGAAAGCUACAGAAAAGGACUCUUCCUGCAGAUAUCAAAGAAUCAAUAACAAACAUUAUCAAGUUCUUGCUGCAGAGAGAAUAUGUGAAGGCAAACGAUGCUUAUCUUCAGAUGGCCAUUGGAAGUGCUCCCUGGCCAAUUGGAGUCACCAUGGUUGGUAUCCAUGCCAGAACCGGUCGGGAAAAGAUUUUUUCCAAGCAUGUUGCACAUGUUCUAAAUGAUGAGACUCAAAGAAAAUAUAUUCAGGGCCUGAAAAGAUUAAUGACCAUUUGUCAGAAGCACUUCUCAACAGACCCCUCAAAAUGUGUGGAGUACAAUGCCCUCUGACAACUCUUCUCCAUGGAGCUAUGAGACCCUAAGACCCAAGGCC